AUGGUUAUUUUUUUUUUGUUUUUGCUUUUUGCUUUUUGCUUUUUGAUUGUAUCUUCUCUAUCUUUUAUCAUUCAUCUUUUGAAUUUUGAACAGAAUGGACUUCUGUUUGCUGGCGGUGAGAACUGGAAUAUUACAGCACGGGACAUCAACAGUGGCAAAAUUGCAUACUGCAUUGACAAUGCGCAUUCUGCCCGUGUGAAAGGCAUCUUUGUACUUGCUAGGAAUGAUGGUGCUGCUGAUGAUACAUAUUUGUUGGUAUCAGCAUCAUCGGAUGGAGUUAUACGUGUUUGGGAUGUUCGCAUGGCUGUGAAGGAGAAGCCAAGUCCAUUGGCUGAGUUCAACACAAAAUCAAGGCUCACUUGUCUUGCUGGAACUUCUCUUAAAUCUCUUAAACGACCACAGAUGGCAAACAGUGUUCCAAAAGAAAAGCGUAAUAUAGCCAUGGAAGGAUCACCAGAUUAAUGAAUGCAGAAUGAGGAACUUAUCUCUAGGUUUUUAACAUCAGUAUCUCACGAUGUCACUCAGAAACAAAGUUCUAAUGAAAGUGUGUAAUUGGUUGGCUCCAAUUGAUCCAACAAUUCAAUUUUGACAACCGGAAAAGCCUGUUGAUGUUAAAUUCUUUUAGGUGUAUGUGUUCUUUGUUAGUGAUAUACAAAAAGAUCUGUUCCAUUUAGACAUUUUGCUGAAAGUUCUGAUAUAUAAAAGCAAGGAAAAUCUUAUUUA